GAGGGAGAAAGCAGAGGAGGGAGAGAGAUGGAGGGAGAAAGCAGAGGAGAGGGAGAGAGAAAAUGAGAGACUGAGUCAGAGGCUCACUGAAAAAGAGAAGAAUAACAGUGAACAAGUAAAGGCUGUGAAAAGAGAGAGUGACAAGAUAGCAGAACAACUGAAAAAGGAGGAGGUAGAUGGAAGGAAGAGAUUAGAGAAUAUAGAGGAACUGAAAACUAGAAUGAUCUCACUGGUGGAAGAAAGAGACAAUCUGGAGGCAGAACUGAAGAAAACUGAACUAUUGGAGAACAAAAGGUUUGCCGCGGAGAGAGAGAACUCACAGCUCAGAGAGAGGGAGAGAGAAAGAUACCAGGAGGAGAGUCUGAGAAAGAGGAGGAAGGAGUCGGAGGGAAGGGAGCGAGAGGAGAGACUGAGAGGAAAGCUGGAGCUGAGAGAAGGAGAGGUUGAGGUCUUGAGAGUGAAGUUGAUUGUCUUAGAAGAAGAGAGGGAUGAGGUGAAGAGAGAGCAGCAGACACUAGAGGGGAAGAUGGAGAGACAGAUGGCUCAGCUGAGGGAAAGAGAAGAGGAGGUAGAGAAACUGAGGGAGGAGGAAGAGAAGGCCGGGGCUAUGCUACAGCAGAGCGAGGAAGAGUUGAGAAAUCUGAAAGACAGAAUGCACCAGUCAGAGCUCUCAGAGAAACACGUCUCAGACCUUCUGAUAGAGACGGAGUCUUUACUAGAGACCGAGAGGAGUCAGAGCAGAGACAGGGAUAAAGCACUGCACCUGGCCAAGGAGGAGAGGGAGAGAGAAUGGGCACAGGAAACAGAGCAGCACAACUUGAGACUGGAAGAGGAGGUGAAGAAAUGGAAAGAAAGAGUGGAGGAACGGAUAAAAGAAGUAGCAAGGCUCUCACAGCUCCUGAAGGAGAGAGAGGAGGAGGACUUUAGAGUGAAAGCGGUAGAGAGCAGUGGAGAAAGACAGAGACAGAAGGAGGAACUGAAAAGGAGUGAGGAGGAGAGGGAGAGACAGGAGGAUGUUUUGAGGAGGAACAAGGAGGAGAGGGAAUGGUUGGGUGCCCAGCUGAAAGAGGAGCAGACGGAGGGAGAGAGACUGAGGUCCAGACUAGAGGAGGUGCAGAGAGGACAACGCCUCCUGCAGGAGGAUAGAGGAUGUCGCGUAGAGAGGCUGGGGGCUCAGGUUAAAGCCCUGGAGGAGGAGAGAGACCACCUCUUAGCUGAGAUCAGGAAGAAGGAGAGAGAGGCUGGGAUCCUGAAGGAUGAGACUCACAGAGAGAGGAGAGAGAAGGAGAGGACUGGCUCCUCACUGAGAAGGAUGGAGGAGGAGUUGAAGGAGAGCAGGGAGGCGCUGGCCCUCCGUCUGGCCACCCUGAAGGAGCAGGGAGCAGAGAUGACCAGGAGCAGGGAGAGAAGCAGGAAGGAGGUGCAGGAGAAGGAGGGGGACAACCAGAAGAUGAGAGAGGGGCUGAAGACAGCCAUGCAGGAGAUGGCUACCUUGAACCAGCUGCUGGAGGAGAGCCACAGGGAGGGGGAGAGGCUAAGGAGCCUCCUGCAGGAGAGGAAAGAGGAGAUGGUGAAGAGCAGGGAGGAGAGCCUGCGUGCUGCCCGGGGGGAGGUGGAGGAGCUGCGAGGGAGGACCAGGGCUGUGGAGCAAGAGAAAAGGGAGGUGGAGAGAAAGCUCAGAGACAGAGAGGAGGAGAUGGAGGAGGUAGUGAGAGAGAAGGACAGGAGACAGAAGGAGAUGGAGGAGGUGUUGGUAGAGAAGGAGGCUGAGCUGACCACCACCAGGGCUAGACUGGAUGUCCUGGAGGAACAGAGGACAGAGCUCAGAUGUCUGGCUGCUGAGACGGCAGUUACACAGCUCAGAGAGAGAAUCAGAGUGGUGGAGGGAGAGAUGGAGGGAGUGAGAGAAGAGAAGAAGAGCGAGAUCGAGAGGCUUCAGCGGAAGAUGGAGACGUUGAGACAGGAAGAGGAGGAGAGGAGGGAGAGUCUGAAACUAAGGGAGCAGGAGAGCCUGAGGCGUGUAGAGUUAGUCACGGACAUGCUGAGAGAGAGGGAGACGGAGCUGGAGAGGGUGAGAGAGAAAGCUUACAGAGAGGAGAAAAAUAAACUGGAGGAGAGAAAGAGAGACACAGAGGAAGUGAAACUGCAGAGUCUGGAGAAAGAAGAGACAGAUGAACAGAGGAGACUGAGAGAGCCUGGGGAACAAAGGGAGGCGACAGACCAGAAGAGAGGAGAAAGAAGUCGGGAGGGUCCAGGAAGAGAGGUCUGGCUUCAGGACGAGGUAGAUACUCUGAGGAAGAGAGUGUCCUCCCAGCUCCUGGACACAGAGGAAAGGGAGAGACUGUUGAGACAGAGAGAAGAGGAGGGCCAGGAGAGUCUUAGACUGUUGAGACAGAGGGAGACAGAGCUUUACACCCUGAGAGAGAGAGUAGAGGAACUCGGUAAGGACAGAGACCGUGUCACAGCUGCCCUGGAGAAGACUGAGGCUACCAUGAUUGGCUACCGGGACAGAGCCCACCAACAGGAGCAAAGCAGAGGGGCGGGAUCUGAGAGGGCCGUGGCCCAGAUAGAGAUAGACCCCCUGGUCCAGGAACGUCUGUCUGUCCUGCAGAGGGCCGUGGCCCAGCUGGAGAUAGACCAUAGACGGCUACAGAGGAGGAAUACACAACUGGAACAACGCACUGACAGACUGAAGACUGAGAGGAAACACCUCAGAGAGAUGCUGACACAGACGGAGAGAGAAUCAUCACGUGAUGAGUUGUCCUCCAGCGGCCUCAGAGACAGAGCUCAGGAGUCCAGGGGCUUGGUUGGUCUGGAAACAGAGGAGUUGGGACUCCUUAGGACCAAGGUGAAGGAGCUAGAGGACCAGGUACACUACCUACAGCUGACACUCGUCCUCGACCACCGGGAGAGGGUGGAGUUUAUCCAACACUCCUCCAGGAACAACCAAUGGCUGGUGUCUCUUCGCCAAGACUUGACUGAUUCUCUGGUGUUGGUCUCGCAGCAACCAAUCCCCUCUGUGCUAGAGUCAGAGACACACCGAUUGGAUAGGAGUGUCAUGGAGGAGGAGAUGAGAUUGUCUCUCAGUCAGAGUUGAAGAUGAAGCACAGUAUGUUUGCCUCCGAAAUGGCACCCUAUUGUCUUCCAGGGCUCUGGUCAAAAGUAGUGCACUAUAUCUGGAAUAGGGUGCCAUUUGGGUCUAAAGUAGUGCACUAUAUCUGGAAUAGGGUGCCAUUUGGGACCUGCCCUAUGUAUACUGAACAAAGAUAUAAACACAGCAUGCACUAUUCCAGAUAUCAAUAGUACUGAGUUCCACUUCAUAUUAACUCAAUUGAAAUAAAUUCAUUAGGCCCUAAUCUAUGGAUUUAACAUGACUGGGCAGGGGCACAGUCCAUGGGUGGGCCUGGGAGGGCAUAGGCCCAACUAAUCAGAAUGAGUUUUUCCCCACAAAAGGGCUUUAUUACAGACAGAAAUACUCCUCCGCUUCAUCAGCUGUCUGGGUGGCUGGUCUCAGACGAUUUUGCAGGUGAAGAAGCCGGAUGUGGACCUCCUGGGCUGGCCUGGUUACACGUGGUCUGCGGUUGUGAGGCUGGCUGGACGUAUCGCCAUAUUCUCUAAAAGGACAUUGGAGGUGGCUUAUGGUAGAGAAAUUAACAUUCAAUUAUCUGGCAACAGCUCUGGUGGACAUUCCUGCUGUCAGCAUUCCAAUUGCACCCUCCUUCAAAACCUGAGACAUCUGUGGCAUUGUGUUGUGUGACAAAACUGCACAUUUUAGAGUGGCCUUUUAUUGUUCCUAGCACAAGGUGCACCUGUGUAAUGCUCAUGCUGUUAAAUCAUCUUCUUGAUAUGCCACACCUGUCGGGGAUGGAUUAUCUUGGCAAAGAAGAAAUGCUCACUAACAGUGAUGUGCACAAAUUAAUUUACAACUUUAAAUGUUGUGUUUAUAUUUUUGUUCAGUGUAGUUAUCAUAUACCUUUUAUGCGUUUUAAAUCCGAGUUGGGGUCAAUUCACUUUUCAAUGUAGUCAAUUCAGGAAGUGAAUAUUUCCAAUUCAUGAGGAUUUUUCCAAUUCAUGAAAGCCCGAUUCCGACUUAGGACGCCUUUCAUACCCACUUCAGUAGUUGGUAUUCAGACUUAACUUAUGAAGGUGUGUAACGUGCUUUUCUUUUGAGCUCGCUGAAUACAUUUAAUUAAACUGCUGAAAAGCCUCCCACUUGCUGGGCGACAGAU